AUGGAAGAGACUGAAUUGGAAAAUGCUGAAUUAAGAAGGACCGUUUUUAAUUUAGAUGGAAAUCCUAAGGUUGAUUAUUUCUAUAAUAAAGAUGGUUUAUUAUUAAAAACAUAUGGAUGGUUAGUUAAAAAGGCUGUAGGUAUUGUACUAUUAAUCCAUGGAUUGAAAGGACAUGCUCGAUUCACUUAUUUGAAACCAAAUGCAGAGGUGAUAGAUAACAGUGAAGUUUUAGUGAUAGAUGAUAAUAACCACUAUGUUUAUAGUGGUAGUUGGGUUGAAAAAUUUAAUCAAAACGGAUAUUCAGUAUACGCGAUGGAUUUACAAGGGCAUGGUGAAUCAGAGGGGCGACAAAAUUUAAGAGGUCAUUUUAAACGCUUUACUGAUCUAGUUGAUGAUGUAUUACAAUAUAUGAAUCAAAUUCAAGAUGAAAUUUCAAAUGAUAAUAAAACAGAUGAUGAAUCUUGUAGUAUAGUAACAACUAAAAAAAAACUUCCUAUGUAUGUUAUUGGGUAUUCGAUGGGAGGAAAUAUUGCUUUAAGAAUAUUACAAUUAUUAAAUAAGGCAAAAAAAAAAGGCGAUUAUAAACUUGGAAGUAUACCAACCUAUAAAAAUGGUGAUACCCUGAUAGGCGAUUUCAUUAAUAUUUAUGAUAGUGACAAUGAUGAUGAUGAUGAUGAUGCUUAUUACGAUGAUGAUGACGAUGUUUAUUACGAUGCUUAUGAUGAUGAUAAUGUUGGUGAUUAUAAUCCUACAAAUAAAGCUACUAAUGUAAGUAAAGUUGGUGACAUUAAUAAUGUUUCUAAUGAUAAUACUACCGAGCAUGAUGCUUCUACGUAUUGCAUUGGAAAUGACAGCACAUCUGAUAAUGAUAGUGUUAGUACCACUAUUGGUGGUAGUGAUAUCGACAAUACCAGUGUUAGUGCCGAUGAUAAUGCAGUACCAAGUACUAGUACACAAGACAAUAUAGUGCCAAGUACUAGUACACAAGACAAUAUAGUACCAAGUAUUAGUACACAAGACAAUAUAGUACCAAGUAUUAGUACACAAGACAAUAUAGUGCCAAGUACUAGUACACAAGACAAUAUAGUGCCAAGUAUUAGUACACAAGACAAUAUAGUACCAAGUAUUAGUACACAAGACAAUAUAGUACCAAGUAUUAGUACACAAGACAAUAUAGUGCCAAGUACUAGUACACAAGACAAUAUAGUGCCAAGUACUAGUACACAAGACAAUAUAGUGCCAAGUACUAGUACACAAGACAAUAUAGUACCAAGUACUAGUACACAAGACAAUAUAGUACCAAGUAUUAGUACACAAGACAAUAUAGUACCAAGUACUAGUACUGAUGAUAAUGCAAUAACUGAUACUAGUGCCAAUGAUAAUGCAGAAGCCGAUAUUAUUGUCAGGGGCGAAGAUAAUAAUGACAAUAAAUAUAAUUGUUUAGACAAAUUAAAUAUUAAAGGCUGUGUAGCUUUAUCGGGUAUGGUGUCUUUUGAAAGAAUAGCACAACCAGGGACAUAUUUAUUCAAUUAUCUUUAUUUGCCUGUAACACAUUUAUUGUCUUAUAUUGCACCUAAUGUGGAAACUAGGUCAGAAUUGCCAUAUAAAGGUUUCGCAUAUGUCGAUAAUUUAUGUAAAUUAGAUAAAUAUCGAGGUAAACGUGCGAUUACAGUUAAAUGUGUAUAUGAGCUCAUAAAAGCAAUGGGUGCGUUGAACGAUGAUAUUAAUUAUAUACCAGAGGAUAUUCCUUUAUUAUUUGUGCAUGCAAGAGGGGAUAGCAUUUGCUAUUAUAAAGGUGUGAAGUUGUUUUAUGAUAGAUUAAAUUCUGAUAAUAAAGAAUUAUAUACAGUCGAUAACAUGGAUCAUUCUAUAACAUUAGAACCCGGGAAUGAGAAAAUUUUAGAAAAAGUCAUUGACUGGUUAAAUAAUUUGGAAAAGAAAAAUAAAAAUGCAAUAGAAGACCAAGAAUAA